AUGAACACGCGUGCAGGCGUGGUUACAAACGUACGGGGUGUAGCGAAUGGCGGGACAGUGAAUAAGCUGGACGAAGGGGAAGAGACUCUGAGUCGCGAACUCGAGUCCCACAAGGAGCUUAUUCGUCAACACGCACGCACCAUUUGCAUCAUGGAGGAGCGACUCGUCAACAUGGCCAAGCAGCUCAGCGAUGCUCGCGCUGAAGCCCUGCUACUUCGCAAAGGCAGGUCCAAUUUGUUGUCAUCCGUGAAACAGCAGCUAAUGCUUAGUCGUUCAACAACUGAACUUUAAAAUCAUGAACGCAAUUCGCAGAAGACAGUGCGGUCGUUGGGGCUUCAGGUUGAUAUCGGCAUCAGUCAUUUUGGAUGGAACCACGACGCUCCAGUCCUCCUCAAUAAUGCACCUGAGACGGUCAAGCUGAGGAAUGCGGUGAAGGCGAUAAGGGAGGGCGAGACGGCGGAGCUGACGAGGUUACGAGGCCAAGUGGCGGCGGCCGAAGCGCGCAUCAGCGACGCCGCCAGUCUGGCUUGCGAGGAGCACAAGGUGGAGGCGGAGGCGGCUGCUGAACGCAACCGCAGGCUACAGAGUCAGUUGGACGAGGCCCGUCUCCAUCUUCAACAACUCACUGCAGCCACCAAAGUACUCAAAAGAACCAUCUCUGAACAGAACAAAGCUUUUGAGAGAACACAGGCAGUCGCACAAGGGUACCACGACGCCUUGGUUAGCGAAUCUGCUAAGGUUGCUAGUUUACAGCUAGAACGCAAUCAAGACUCAGUCCAGCCGACGUCGAAAUCCCCAUCGUGCAGACUGGAGUCGCUUCGACGGCAGGAAGAGCUUGUCAGGCUUGGCAUCACCUGCCAAGGUGAACGGCACGGGCAGACCAUUGCGGCGCAGCGCAUCGCUCUGGGCGACUUGAGACAGCGUCUGCACCAACUCGCCGCCUCCGGUCCCAGGGGGCUAACUCCGAAUAAUUUAAUUUCACUGGAGGAAGCCCACCGUCGAGAAAUUCUCAAUCUUCGGAGGCAGCUGCAUGAACUUCAUAGCAGGCUAACAAAUGCUGAUGCGUGCGUGUCAGCAAGCCCACAAAGCCGCUCUCAAAAGCAGAGCACAGGGACUCCCGACCGACUUCCAACUGGGCUGCAAGUUAAGGGAAAAGAUGCUCACAAAAUUUCCCUAAAGGCAAUUAUUGAGGCUCUACAGGCAUGUUUUAUGGAUCAACAUCUUAACUAUCUACUACAUAUAUGA